AAAAGUCUAAAUGUUUGGYCCCACWAUCAACUAUAAUGAUAGAGRAACUGGAGGUCGAUUGUCUCAUCAUAGUAUGGAUGCCUCCUAUCGUGGACUAGAAGAUAGUGAUGGCAAUCAUCGAUUUAUGACUGCAACAAACAUAACUGUUUCAACAACAAACUGUGCCCAAAAUCAUAUCGGUUAUCAUAUUAACAACAACAACAYCAACAACAACAAUGAUGACGAUGUGAUAUCAUCUCAACAACAAUUAUCGCAAAACAAUUUGAUGACAUCUCUGCUAUCAAAUCUGGACAUUGACUGCGACUACAACUAUACUGACGGCGGUGGCGGUUAUGGUGGUGGUGGCUAUUAUGACUACUGUUACGAAUCGCCGACAUGUUGUCUGGAGGCCGGAUCGGAGGCCGAUUCGUCAGCACCGCCUACACCCGAUAUUAUCUCUAGUUUCGCCGGCGGAGGAUACCCGGCGACCCUGGAAUCGCCACCGCCGCYGCCACUGUCAAAACAAUUGUCUACUAAUCAGUCAUCGCUGCCCACCUAUCACGAGCUGUGCCCGUCAUCAUCGGCAGCGGCGUCGUCGCCGCCUAUAGUCAGCUACCAUCAGCCGUUACAGUCGCCCACAGCUUCUUCGUCGUGUUCAUCGAUGUCGGCGCCGAUAACAUCGCCGGCAGCGACACCCGUCAGCACAUACCACGAAACACGCAAACAACUCAUCAAAGACAGCCUACGACUGACCAUUCAGUCGCGACGAUCGGCUCAGGGACUCGACGAUCUAUUCAUUAACACCGACGACACCAUGACUUCAACCAAUACUACAGAGGACGACAGCAACAGUGAACUAACAUCGCCGGACACACCGUCCUCUGGUGUGCUGUCGACUCUGUGUUACGCCGACACCGAACGGAGGCGCCGACGCCGCGAACGUAACAAAGUGGCCGCCACUAAGUGCCGCAACAAAAAGAAAAUACAUUCAAUCAAAUUGCACCAGGAGUCUGAAUCGUUGACCGUAAACAACGCUCAUAUGCGCCAAGAGAUCGACCAAUUGAGGCGUGAAUGUCAACAAUUGAUGGCAUUAUUAUCGGCACACGAAUCCCAUUGCAAACAUAGAUUAAAAUUUCAUUUACUCUAA